GAGAAAACUAGAGCAAUGAGCUGAGAAGGCAAUCUAACCUGAACAUAACCUCUUGAUAGCUUUCUUAUAUCUGUCCCUCUUUUCAGGGCUAUAUAAUUUAUGACGUUUCACGGGUGUGUUUUUUGCUAUGACUUCAAGUCCAUCGAUGUUAUUUGAAGAAGGGAUUAACAUAAAAUAACAUGUCGGCGAAAAAUUCUCCUCGCAAAAAAAGAGUAUUACAAGAGGUGGAAAGGUCUCCCAAGACAACUCUCUUUGCUGGUGCUGGAGCUGGUUUAGUGGUGGAUUGCGCAUUGUUUCCUCUUGACACAUUAAAAACAAGAUUGCAAAGCCAGUAUGGAUUUUGGAAAUCUGGAGGUUUUAGGGGGGUGUACAAAGGUAUUGGACCUACAGCGGUUGGUUCCGCACCAUGUGCUGCCUCAUUUUUUUUAACAUACAAUGGUUUCAAGUAUGCCAUCCAGCCUCUUGUCGCACCCCAUCAGGAUUUCAUGGUUCAUAUGUCAGCUGCUGCUAUAAGUGAAGUAGUUUCCUGUAUAGUACGAGUUCCUACUGAAAUAGUUAAACAACGGCGCCAAGCCUGCAUACAUGAAGGUAGUUCAUUGUCUAUUAUAAGAACGGUAAUAAGAACUGAAGGUCCUUUGGGAUUUUAUCGAGGAUUUUGGACUACCGUACUUAGAGACGCUCCAUAUUCGAUUAUCCAGUUUCCGCUCUGGGAGUAUUUCAAGACGAACUUCAGAAACAUGAGGGGUGGUAAAGAACCAACACCGAGUGAAGGAGCACUGUGUGGUGCAGUUGCAGGAGCGAUUGCUGGAGCUGCAACUACUCCAUUGGAUGUUGUUAAAACACGUAUAAUGCUGUCAGUUGGUGGGAUCGGGCCAAAACGAAAAAAUGUCAAAAUUGGUCCAAUAGUUACACAGAUAUACAAAGAAAAUGGAACAAUGGGGUUUUUUGCCGGUUUCGUACCAAGAGUCGUCUGGAUAUUUCUUGGAGGAGGAAUAUUUUUUGGUGUAUAUGAAAAAGCUUGUGUAUUAAUUGAUGGAGAUAGCUAACAGAAUGUAAUCUUUUUAUUUGUUGUUAUUAGAUUUAAAAAGUUAACAAUAUACAUAUAUUUUAAUUUUUAAUGCUGGUAUUUAUAUUUAGUCUAUUUCAG